CAAAGAACCAUCUUUCUUCUGAAGACAAAUCGAUGAUUGUGGUUUUAGUAACGUGUGGAAUCGUCAUACUGAAGAGAGCCGAAGAGUCGGUUGCUGUCAGUUUUCUUUAUUAGAACUUAUUAGUGUUGUUGAUUUCGUAGCCAGUCUUCUGGCUCAUUAGAUUAGUGCAUAUUUUAACUUCUUAUUGUAGAUGUUUUUGUAAAUUGCAAAGCAAAUGUUAACCACGAAUAUGCUGAGCGCCAUUUUGGUGGCAGCUAUCCUCUGUAACCAGGGAUACGCUAAAAAUAUACCCAAACACAGAAAUACCAGAGACGUUGACCUUUCAAGAGCCUUAGAGAUUUUACAGCAACAAAGAGAUCGACUACAAGAAGAGGAUUACAGACGUUUAGCUGAGAACGGAAUUAAUCUUGAGGCACUGGGAUUAUACGAUGAUAAUCUGGACGAAAGCCCUCUAUGGCUCUCAGAGUCACUUCAAAAUGAAGAACCCGAAGAGAGCUUUGGUGAAGAUGAUGGCUUGAUGAGUAAAGAGAAAGACGUAGAAGAAACUUCGACGGAAGAAUUAGACAAUAUCUUUGAUGACACAGAACCAGAAAAAGAAAAAAUCAUAAAAACAGAGGAAAUUAUUCAAGAGAAGUCACCUGAAGCAGUUCUAGACGACGAUAGUGAUGAUGAAAAGCUUUCCGACGAUGAGUAUCAAGCUUUAUUGCGAGCUGUAGAGAAACUACAAAAACAUAACAAUGGAAAAAUAAAUAAUUUAGAAGUUUUAAAAAGACGCACACCAAAGAAUGUUGUAAAAGUGUCAAAGGAAGAACUUAACGACGUUUUUGACGAAAGUUCAAAAGAUGAUUCUGAAAAUGAAGGUAAUGAGACAAACCAGCCAGAUGUUCUAAAAAGAUCUCCGCCCAAACCAGAAAAAAUAGAGGAAACCAUACCGCUCGAUGAAUACUGGUUAUUAAAUAAUUAUCUUAAUUAUGAUGAUACCAGAAAAAAGAGAUUUACACCACAACAAUUAGAACCUCAACAAGAAGAUAUCAUGGAUGAAGAAUAUGUGGACGAUAAAGUGGAUACUGAAAAGGCAGAGCUUAUAGCUGAAAUCCGUAGAUUACAACUGGUUGCUCAUUUAGAAGAUUUAGAAAAUGAAGCUUUGACCGAAGCACUUAACCAGGCCACUCAAUCUCAGAUCCAAGGAACUGUCUCUCCUAAAGAAUUCAAGUCUCUGGAAAAGGCUAUUAAAGUUGAAGAAGCUCUCCAAGCACUUAAUCCCACUGAUGCCCAACUGGCUCUCAUCGUUCAAGAAAUAGCCCGGGCUUCUUUAAAACGUGGUGAACCCGUAUUUAAGAAGGCGUCGAAAAGAAUGGACGAUGGUGAUUUAGAAGACGAUUACCCAAAUUAUAGAAAGAGGGCAACAAAGAAAAGAGCCCCAGUAAUGGACAAUCAAGGAAUGUGGUAUGAUUUUGCUGUUAAAGAUAAAAGGGCACCAACCCCACCUCGACAAAUACUCGGAUAUUUAGACAAACCAAGAGGGGCCAACCCCGAAGAUGACGAAGAGGAAGAAGAUAAUUUAUUACCACAAAUUUUAGAAGAUAUAUCAGAUAGAACAGCUCUAAGUACAGAUACUAGAGAAGAGGACGUCUGUCCUGAAGUAGAGAGAUAUAGUGAUGGUUGUGCCUUUGCUGAUUAUUAUGGUUUACCAUUAGAUAAUGAAGCUAGAGAAUUAUGUAACAGAUAUCAGAUAUGUUAUACUUGUGGGGCCAGCUUUGGACUAACCAGCGAGUGGUGUGAUAAUAUUUAUCGAGAAAUCUACGGUUAUCUGUGCGACCAGAACAAUGAAUGUGUAAUUGAAGCUGAACUGUUUUUAAGAACCAUGAAAUUAAAACAACGGUUUGUUAAUCAACAGAUUUGUUUGGACGAAUGUACUGCUGAGUACAUCGGUGUUGUAUAACUUCCGGUACCAUGUCCGUAAUACAGUACCGUGUGCAUCACUGAUUAAUGUCUGAAACACAAAUUCAUCAAUUGAUGUCAUUCAUGUUCGUAAAAUGAUUUCCGCAUGUCAACAGAAUCGGCAUGGGAUUAAUUGGACACAAUAAAUCCACAUCAACAUCACCGAUUGACCUUACAUGGCACCACAAGAUGUCGAUAGAAUAGCCUCAAGCACAAGCUUGUGUAAUUUGUAACUGGUGCAUUUUGGGACCUUAAAUCUGGAGAACAAAAAAACCAAACAAACAAACAAACAAAAAAACACCACACAACUAAAGUAAACAGAGUAACAGGUUCUACAGACGGAGUUGUAUAUCAUGCAUUAUAUACAAGCCGUAGUUUGGUAUCUGUUCAUUAUCCCCGGUAUAAAUAGUAUUUGUUCAUUUCUACAGAUUUACAUGUAGUAUUAGUUUGUUCUUGAAUGGGUUUACUUGUUCAAUAUUCAUUUAUAUUUAUUUUAGAUUAUGAUGUAAUAACUAUUUAAUUACAGUUCAGUUAUGUGUAGUCGGCGCUCUUUCUGUCAUUAUCUAGCAUUUCUCAAAAUUAGAAUUAGAAUUCUAAAAAGUAGGAAAGUCCAAGCCUAAAUUUUCAGCAUAGAAUAUUUAAAAGUAAGGCACUGUAAAUCUAGAAUACUUAGCAUGAGAAAUUGUAGGUUAAAAUUCUAAAAAGGUAAGAAACUGUAAAAUAAUUGAUAAGCAAGAUAUAUCACCUUUCUCUGUGUUAGAUGCCUAAUCCUCUUUUAUUUGCCUUCAAACCCAGUUAUUUUCCGGCACAAGUUAUUCUUUAAUAAAAAAAAAGAUAGAACAGAAUUGGGCGGAAUAACAAACGUUUUGCUUGGUCCCGCAAAAAUAAAGUUUCCACUUUGAUUUAGGGAGUCUGAAAGUUGUAUAUCUAAUGUAUUAAAUUUGCAUAUUUGUAUCCGAUAUUCUAUGGUUAUUCCUAUAUAUACGUAUUUCUGUGAUAAAGCUAGAAAAUAAAUAAUAUACUCUUUAAGAGGCAUAUAGCAAUUGACUUAUAAUAUCAUACUAGAAUAUCACUUUGUUUAUUCCACUGCAACGUUUCAUCAACAUUUCACAACCUAAUGUACACGUGAGACAUACCAGUGUUAUAAACAAAGGGAUUCUGUACAUACCAAUUAUUCUAGAAUUAUAAGAGAAAUGAUGUAGGUCGCCUAGAGACAUAAUUAUAUUCAUGUCUGAUUUCAUACAUCUUAUAUUUCACACCGUUCAAUUAAUGGAGACACUAUAAAAAUAGUGGAAACAUAUUAGCUCCAGGCACAAUUUGACUACAAAAGAAAAUAAAAGCUAAAUUAAGGAUCCGACAAUUUAUAAAUAAUUGCUGAUGAAUUCAUACUCAACCGUAAAUGGAUUAUAUGAUUUUAAAAGGAAAGUGUCGACAAAUACACGUUGUAAUUCACGUAUGAUGUAAUCGUAUGGCCACAGUACACCAUCAAUUUCCCCACCGACCCUAAUUUGACCGGCUUUAACAUUUUCUUAAUUUUCGUUGGGUUUAACGCAUUCUACCACUGAUGGAACAGUUUGUGACAACGUCUAUAGCCGGUAUAAGGUUCACAAUGGGAGCUUGGAGAUGCACAAACUGUAAGUAGCCCACUAGUAAACAUGCAAUUAGCCCAACAUUGCAACGUAACCAACCUCUUAACAUUCCAUCUCAAAGCAUGAAUAUUCACCAAAACUUAGCACAAAAUGUAAAUUCAAACAAUUUUCUUCGAUUCUACCCCAAAGUGUCAACAAAAAUCGGACUAAAAUAUAACAAGAUUACAUUCGUGGUCGCGAAUGUAGGGUUGGAAUUUAUUGGUGCCCUGUGUCCGUAUGUGGUUAAUUUCUACACUAAACUGAAAUUUAGUGAAAGUACUUACAAGAACAGAAAAGAAACCUGGGUUAAUUUAAUAUACAUGUACCUAGUAAAAUGUCCUAAAUUGUGAUAUUGUUGUUAUGUUAUGAGUUUUAUUUUAUCUAUUGUAUGCUUUGCCUCGUUGUUUCUUUUUGUUUUGUUCGCAAGAUCAAAAAUAAAAACAAUCUAAUUUAA